UUGCUGAUCGUGUGGACUUACUCACAGCCUGACGUAGGAUGUUCCUUUCGGAAAUCAUAAGCAGCGCCGAUGACACCAGGACAAACGAUAUGAACGUCCCCGAAAUCACAAACGCCAUCGCACCCGCAAGUACGAAUGAACAGCGCAUUGGCGACGAAUCGACCGCAUCACCGGAACCUGUCGAGUUGUUUUGUUUAUGUCGGCGCGAAUCCUUCGGAACGAUGAUCCAAUGCGAUAGCACGCAGUGUCAAACGAAAUGGUAUCACAUGGACUGUGUCGGAAUGACAAAGAAGCCUGCUGCGAAGAAACGAUGGUAUUGCUCGGCUUGCCUAUUAGAGUGAAACGGCGAUGGUGCGAUGUGAUGUUAUGCCGUGGGAGCUUCUUGUAGGGUGGUGAUAUGGAAUUUGGACACGGUAUAGCUUUAACUCGAAGCGCUUUGCCUACCUUUGUCAGACAAGCCAGGAAAAUAAAUGAACUGAGUGAG